CUUCUCAUUCUGUCUACCUACCAGCAUAGGGAGACUGGACCGAAUGAAAAGAAAAGCAGUUCGCCCUUUCAUUACAGUUUCAGUGAACGAAGUUUACCAUUAUGGCUACGUCGUCAGGCAAAAAAGGGAAGAAGACUUCCAAGAAGAACAAGCUCUCGCUCGGAGAGUUCCUCACCGAUGGUAACGCGGCGGCGGUAUCGCAGGUGCAGGUCGCCGUUCCGGUCAAGUUCAGCAACUGGGCCGACGAGUGCGACGAGGACGAGGACGACCGUCCGGUCCGCACCCAGCUGAUUGCUCUGCCAACAGCCCCGCGGGCCACCCGCCUGCUGAACGAUGACACCGUUCCGCAUAAUCCGCCCUUCCAGGCGUACAUCUCCAAUCUGCCGUACGAUCUGACCGACAACGACGUUUACGACUUCUUCGACGGGAUGGAGAUCGCCUCGUUGCGUCUUCCGACGCGUGACGAUGGCGAACCCGGACGCCUCCGAGGAUACGGAUACGUCGAGUUUGUCAAGCGCCAGGAUCUGAUUGAUGCGCUGUCCAUCACUGAACCGAUCAUCCACGGUCGCCGUAUUCGCAUUGAUCUGUCCAGCGAAAGCGAUCGCGGAAGGCAGCAGCGUAACCGCGGCUACGAUAACUAUGGCGGCGAUUCAGAUCGUCCCAUGGGUAACUGGCGUGACGGACCUCGUGCGAAUGCUGAUCGUGACCAAGGCCAGAGAAGACCCUACCAGAACAACUACAACCGCGAUCGUGGAGAUCGCGAAGAUCGAGAACGCUACCCUGCAGACAGUGGCGCCGGCGGAAACUGGCGCCUUGGAGAUCGUCCACAGCCAACUCCACAGUCGCCACCUUCCAGCCGAAGAGGCUACGAUCGUGGAGAUCGCGGUGAUCGUGGCUUCCGACGAGGUGGAGACCUUUCCGGAGAUCGUGGCGGUCGAAGAGAUGCCGAACCACCGAUGGAGAGACCGAAACUUGUCCUGCAGCCCCGCACAUUGCCACUUCCGGAGAGGCCCAAGCCAGAACCGGAGCCGGAAGAGAGAGAUUCCAGCCGGGAUCGUAAGUACGACUCCGAGGCUUCCGAAAACAAAGAAAACGAAGAGCAGAAAGACACCCGCCCUAAACCUACCCCAGUGCCCGCGGCCAACAUUUUCGGAGCCGCCAAACCAGUGGACACUGCAGCCCGGCUGAAGGAAAUCGAGGAGCGAAUGCAGGAGAAGGCACGACUGGAGAAAGAGGAGCGUGCUCGCAAGAAGGCUGCUGCUGCCGCCGAAGCCGCGGCCGUGGCUGGAUCCUCGGCCGACGAAGACGGCAAGGAGAAAUCCGAUCCCAGUAAAGACGAAUCCGCCGAAGAACAUUCCGAGGAACAGCAGCACCCGGAGCCGAAAAAACCGGUGGAACCGGUCAACUGGCGGGUGCGAUCCGAUGACAACAGAGACAGCGAACGGCGCCGGCAGUCACCCCAGCGGAGGUACAGCCCUUCGCGCAACUACACCAAACGAUCCGAUGAUUACUCAGACAAUCGGGACAACCGGGACCGGGGUAUGAACCGGGACAAUCGAAACAUGAGAGACAACAGACGAGAUUACAAUCGACCAGGCGAUCGGGAUCGCGAUCGCGGCUACCGGGGAGACCGUGACCGGGAAAUGACCCGCGGAGGAGGCGGCCGUGACAUGCGUGACGAUCGCGACAACCGUGACCGGCGGGACAACGUGCGACAGUACGAUCAGCCGCGCGAUCGGGACCAGGUGCCGAUCGAGGAGCGUAUGCCAAAAUUCCAGGAAUCGUCUGGACCCAACCUAUCAAUGAAGAACACGUUCGACGGAUUGUCGGCUGAUGAGGUCGACGAUUAGAGCAGUUGUGUAUUGUACGAGCGUUCCAAUCUCAAAUCUAGCAAAACAAAGGAAGCAGACGAGAAGAGUCCUUGAGCCCUUGAGGGUAGGGGGCAUAGGUUCACACACAUAAAAAAGCAGGAGGAGAUCAACUAACUAGUAGUAUUCUAAUACAAGAAACAAGGGCACCUGUGGUGGGGACAGGAGGAGAAACCAUUUCGGAUUGGAACCAAUAUUCUUUGAUUCACAGCGGAUACAGGAAGGAGGACAAGAGGUACUAGAGAAGCGAUUAAUAUAAUAAUAUCAAACAGAGAGCACAGCAUAAAAAACCGGUAGCGACGAAGCGUGAGACGCAUACACACAUACAGACACACAUAUACACACUCAGAGACUAGAACGAACCACCAGUCGGUCGAUCGGUCGCUGACUAGAAGGGAUAGGUUACAAAUAGCGCUUAGAGUGCUAGUGCAUAGAUUAAGACAAUGCUGCCGCUGGCAAGGAGCUGACGGGGCGAUGGAAAUGCAGCUCUUUCCGUGGCUCGAUGUGCGGACUUGGGGAAGCGAAGCAUUUUCAUCGCCCGGUCACUUUCAGCAGCCAAUCGUGCGUGUGCGAAUGAACAAAGGAGGAGAAUGGGAACCGGGGUAGUAGAUCAAAGUUUGUAAAAUAUUCUAUUCACUGUGUGUAAUUUAUGUGUAUGUGUACCCAAUGGACCCGGCUUCGAGGUGUUUUACCGGGAAGUUGCAUGAGAUAUGAUGCGAAGAUGUAUGUGUGAAGUAUGUGAUGAGCAUGAUGAUGAUGUGUGUGAAUGCAUACCAUAAAGAGACUUUUGUUUUAAGCAAAUUAAGCAGUCGGAACACGUUGGAUUUCCAUUUGGUAGAACAGCAAAUCGAAAUCGUACUCGACGGUGAUGAUCCGGAGAGAAAGACAGUCGAAGACAGCAUUCGCAUUUUUUGAUAAGACAAUUUUACAAUCACAAUCUCACAUAUUACACACAUUGAUUAUUGCAGCAGCAGCAUGGUAAUUGAAUACUCGUUCACUAUCGAAGUAUGAUUAAUAUAUAUGUAUGUAAAUCAUGAAUAAGAGUACCCUCAUGGAAGUGGCAGUGUCUGCUUUCCCUGGUGGGAGUUCUGAUUCCAAUGUACAAUGAUCUGAAGCGACAAUUUAGCAGGAAUAAGAUCUUUUUUUCUGUAAUCGUCGAAGUCCUUAGAAAAGAUCUCCAGAAAACUUGAUCUAACUCUUUAUUUGAGCUUAGUAAAUCAGUUCUGAAUGUUUAAACUUGUGGUGGAUCCAGUCAAUUUGUUUGCUUCGCGGAUGAUAUAGACACUGUAAGCCAAAAUUUUGAAUAGAUGGUAGUUGUUCGUUUUAUCUUUCGAUCUUUUCAUUAAUUCAUUCGUCUAAAAUCAACGAGCAGCAAUCAUUCGUCUAAAAUCAACGAGAACAGAGAAAAAAGUUUUUGCCUUGCCAAAUUGUCAAUUCGGACCACUGUGCAAUGAUCAUCUCCAAACCUUCGACUUAUCUUUUGGAAUAUAAUUUUGUUCGUUGGUUUCCUUCGUCGUCGGUGUGUGCGUCUCAUCGGUGUAAAAGUUAGAAUACGAUGCGUGUGACCAUUAAUUCUUAGAGAAAAGAGAGUGUAUUGCCGAAGAAAUGAUUCCAAAAUGUGCUGAUAGAAUGUUUAAUUUGUUCUGGCAAUGAUUUCCCCCUGUUCGUUUCCUCCAUUUUGUUUUUUUACAUAUAUAAAUAGGAAUGUAUAACAUUUACAAAUUUCUGUUUUAUUCUAUUUAACCUCUACGAAAUAAAAAAAGCUGCUGCGACCCCACAACUAUUGCGGGGAGGAAAUCGCUUAAUUGUUAUAUAACAAUAUUCGCUGAAUUUAGGACGCGCUAUCGAUUGAUAUGGUUAGGUAGCCGAAAUCUAAGCAAAAUAUUGUCUGCCUUCUUUUUGCGUAUGAUAUACUUACAGACUUAUACAGACAACACACACAUACAUCCAAACCAUAUGAACUGGCAAUGUUUCUUUAUAUUAAACACAAGAAAGCUCGUGCUCAUAGAUAAUCAAGAAUGAAGAUAUAAACAAAUAGUUAAUUUAAUUGUUUAAUAAAUGCAUGGGAACUGUCAACAACAAAAAAGUCUAGGAAUGAUUGCCACCUUUUUGUCGCAAAUUAGUUAUCUAUUGAAACUGAUUUUUUCUGUAUUUUUUUUGUCGGGAGGCGUAUGAUGGAAUUAUUUAGAGUUCUACUACUAUUAAUUACCCGUACCCAUAUAUAGGCUACCAUAUACGGGAAGCUAGGAAAAAAACAACUGGAAAAAAGGCAAUUUCAGAAUACAGCAUAUACAUCUAAGGAAA